AUCAAAUGGAAAUAUAUGACGGGCUGAGAAAAGCAAACAAAAAAAAGUUUAAUAAACAAGGAAAAAAAAUUCUCAUAUCGAGUUCUGUGAGAUCUGCUCUAAAAAGAAAAAAAAAACUGCUAUCGGGAAGAAGAGGAGAAUCGCUUACGUGGGGUAAAAUGAGGAUUAGGAAGAACAUGAAGCUGUCUUCAAUGCUUUUAGCGACAGCAGGUUACGGCGGAGAUAAACUGGAGACAUAUGUCUGUCCUCUGAACCAAUCUCCAUGGGAUGUGAUUCCUCUGACUUCCUCCCUCGACGAAGACGAUGGUGCCGCCGAGUUAACUAACCUAAUUGACUCGUCGUGGUUUCUCCCUUCUCCGUCCUCUUCUUCUUCCCCCUCUUUCACUCACCAGUUCGCUGGAGAAGAUAAUGUGAGCUUGGGAGAUUCUAAUGGCGCUGCUCAAAGGUUUAAUGGCUCCGUCGGUAAUAAUCACAGCCUUGUCUCCGACGAGCGUAUUCAUCUCAUUGCGACGGAGAGAUCGCCGGACGUUGAAUCUUCAAUGAAUCGGAGCGACGACGGAAGUGGCAAUAAAUCAUACCCCGUGGAGCUUCAUUCGCCGGUUAAAACCUCCGGCGGCGACGACUACCAAGCGGCUGUGUCGGUGCCAGCGCCGCCUAAACGCGGACGGCCACGUGGUUCGGGCAAGAAAGCUCAAGCCUCCUCCACCACCGCCGCGGCCUCUAAUAAUAAUCCGUAUGAGUUUUACUAUUACUCUGGUUUCGGCCCACGUUGGGGGAGAAAAAGAGGCGGCGGUUCCGGCGACGAGGAGAAGAUAGUUCUGACUGAUAAUAAAAACGGUGGUUGCGAAGAUAAUAAAAAGAGUAACAGUAGUGGUGAAGAGAGUUACAAAACGGCGGCGUUUGAACAUGGGAGUAGUAGCUUUGAUGGGUUUGAGUUUAUGGAAGAGGACUAUGAUGACGUAGUCGAUCAAAGCAUUGGUGGACAUGCGAAGAAGUUGAAGAGUACAGUGAAGAAGAUGAAGAGAGGGAGGAAGCCCGUUAAGGAAAGGUCUUUGAAAUCCCUCAUGUAAUAUAUUCAUGUUCUGUGAGGGAUUUUCUGUCUUUUUCGCUUCAUCCCUUUUUUUUUGUUGUCUGUUUUUUCUUUUGUCUGUAAUCAGAUUUCGUUUGUUUUGUUUAGUUAACAUUUGCGGUAAUGUUUUCAAAUCUAUGUUGUAUUUGGUUAACUUGUCUUUUUUAGCUUUGAA